CAGUUUUAAUAGAUGUGUUCUCUGGAAAUAUAAUGAAAAAAGGGUUAGUCACAGUCAGCCCUGAGUACGUUGAGAUGACUACUGUAGAGAGGAACCGUAUCACUUCCUGUCCAAUACACUCUCCUAUUGGAUGAGAGCAGUUGUGGGUGGAAGCAGGAGACUGUAUGUUAGCUCUUUGUGAGUGCAGCUGAGUUAACGAAAAACCUGAGACAGGGAGUGAAGAAUAAACAUCUUGUGUCGAAUAAACAAUAUCUCGACCAGGCUUUUAGUUUAAGGAAAGAGGAAGAGGUGUUGUUAGCGUACUUCAGAACAGUAGAGCUAGCAUCACAGACCUCUUGUGUCAAGCCUUUCCAUUGAACCGUCUGGGUGCAUGUGCUGCUACCUGUCCAAUCUGUAAUUACCGCCACCUGCUUUGGCAACCUUUCCAUGACCUGAGAGCUGAGCCGUCUGAACUCUCCCUGAAGCAGACGCUUCUCCCUCAAGUCUCUUUUUCUCUCCACUUCUGCCUCACCUUCAACCAUGAGGUUCAAAGUAGACAUGCAUUACAUAGUGUUCUCGCCUGUGUACCUGUUGAUGUGGCUGUACACGCUCAUCACGUUUAUCCCAUGGUAUUUCCUCACUGAUGCUGGGAAGAAGAAAACCAUGGCAAAGAGAGAGAAAGCCAAGUCCACCACAGGCAAAGCAGAGGGCCCCUAUCGUUGUGUGGAGAACUUUGACAACCUGGCCCGGGAGGACUUUGAGGGAAAGGACACUCUAGACAAGCUGUUUGAGCAUGCAGUGCAGCGCUUCGGCAACACAGACUGCCUGGGCACCAGGGAGCUCCUAAAUGAGGAGAACGAGACGCAACCCAGCGGCAAAAUCUUUAAGAAGCUGAUCCUGGGGGAGUACAGGUGGCUGUCCUAUGACGAGGUGGACCAGAUCAUCAGUCAUCUAGGUAGUGGACUGGCAGCCCUGGGCCAGAAGCCCAAGAGUACCAUCGCCAUCUUCUGUGAGACACGAGCAGAGUGGAUGAUCACUGCACAGGCCUGCUUCAGACGCAACUUUCCAUUGGUCACUCUGUAUGCCACCCUGGGGGAGGAGGCAGUGGCCUAUGGCCUGAAUGAGUGUGGGGCCACUCACCUGAUCACCAGCACAGAGCUACUGGAGACUAAACUCAAGAGUAUUUUGCCAGAAAUGCAUAACCUGAAGCACAUUAUCUAUGUGGACAACAAGAGCAUCAGAAGGACGGGUUACCCAGAGGGCAUUCAGAUCCACAGCAUGCAGGCAGUACAAGAGCUGGGAGCCAAACCUGACAACUUGAGUAUAGCUGUGCAGCGGCCCCAGCCCACAGACCUGGCUGUGGUCAUGUACACCAGCGGCUCCACAGGACAACCCAAAGGAGUCAUGAUCAUCCACAGCAAUCUUAUUGCUGGCAUGACGGGCCAGUGUGAGAGGAUCCCAGGCCUGGGGCCGAAGGAUACCUACAUUGGCUACCUGCCUCUAGCUCAUGUGCUGGAGAUGACUGCUGAGAUCUCAUGUAUGACGUAUGGCUGCAGGAUUGGCUACUCUUCCCCACAAACACUCUCUGACCAGUCAACAAAAAUCAAGAAAGGCAGUAAGGGAGACUGCUCUGUGUUGGGGCCUACUCUGAUGGCAGCUGUUCCGGAAAUAAUGGACCGCAUCUACAAGAAUGUGAUGAACAAGGUGCAGGAGAUGAGCUAUGUGCAGAGGACUCUGUUUAAACUGGGCUACAACUACAAACUGGAACAGAUCAAAAUGGGCUAUGAUGCCCCUCUCUGCAACUUGCUGCUGUUUAAGAAGGUGAAGGCUCAGCUGGGAGGGAACAUCAGGAUGAUGCUGUCAGGAGGGGCGCCCUUGUCCUCCGCCACACAGCGAUUCAUGAACAUCUGCUUCUGCUGCCCUGUGGGACAGGGCUACGGCCUCACAGAGACCUGCGGAGCAGGUACCAUCACAGAGGUGGCAGACUACAGCACUGGGAGAGUAGGAGCCCCCCUCAUCUGCUGUGAGGUCAAACUACGAGACUGGGUUGAGGGUGGAUAUACCAGUCAGGACCAGCCCCACCCGCGUGGAGAGAUCAUGAUUGGUGGGCCCAACGUUACCAUGGGUUACUAUAAGAGUGAGCACCUGAACAAUGACUUCUGGGUGGAUGAGCAGGGCCAGAGGUGGUUCUGUACCGGGGACGUGGGGGAGAUUCACCCUGAUGGCUGUCUGCAGAUAGUGGACCGUAAGAAGGACCUGGUCAAACUGCAGGCUGGAGAAUACGUGUCCUUGGGGAAAGUGGAGUCUGCUCUGAAAAACUGCCCCCUUAUUGAAAACAUUUGUGCAUAUGCAAACAGUGACCAGAACUAUGUGAUAAGCUUUGUGGUACCGAACCAGAAGCAGCUGACAAUUCUGGCCAAUAAGAACGGCAUCAGUGUCGCCUGGGAGGAGAUCUGUAACCAUCCGGCCAUGGAGAAAGAGGUCUUGAAGGCCAUCAAAGAGGUGGCUACCUCAAUCAAACUGCAGCGUUUUGAGAUCCCAGUGAAAGUGCGUCUGAGCCCAGAGCCCUGGACCCCUGAGACUGGCCUGGUGACGGACGCAUUCAAACUGAAAAGGAAGGAGCUGAAGAACCACUUCCAGACUGAUAUCGAGAGAAUGUACGGAGGGAAGUAGAGCCACUAUCUGAUCUAACCUAAGAACGGUUUCCUGACAACUUUCACCAGUGGAAUGUGUGUGUAUGAUUGCGUGCGUGUGCAUAUGCUUCAACGCACGUGUGAAACUCCACGGCGGGCUGAGUGUCUGCGGGAUUUCGCUCAUCCCUUGUACUUGAUUGAUGAAAUAAGGUCACUAAUUAGUAAGGAACGCACCUCACCUGGCUGUCUGUCUUAAUUGGAUGGAAAAAUCAAAAACCUGCAGACACUUUGCCCUCUAUGGAAUGAGUUUGACACCCUGCUUCACAGCAUUAUGUCUGUGAACUGUAGAAUUGUCUUUCCACGUUGUCUCUUUUGUCACAUUAUGAAUGUCAGUCCAUAAAGUUCAGCACAGAGGGAUCAGCUGGUUAGUUACGGCUAUUUGUGUUGGAGAUCGCACAGCGUUGUGUAAAACGCCAUUCGAAUGCAAGUCUUGUAUUUGCAUAUUGUAAUUUGCCUUUGGGAUUUAUUAUGACUUGUCUGUAAAUACUACUAUUUUUGUGUCUAAUUGAGGUAGGAGUCAUAAUGGCCUUUCUCAAUGAGAUUUGCUCAACUCUGGAGUCCUCUCUUCUCUGUCCCAGCUGGCCUCCUUUUGAGAAAGGUCAACAUAAUUGAUGAAAACAUUUUUGCUGCCCCCUAGUGAGCAAGCCCCCACAGUGCUGCUGUAUGAAUUGUUUGCUUGUUCUGUACAUAGGAUCACAUUAUUGCCACGCAACUGCCGAGCCCCCACAAUCCUUUAGGCUAUUGCACAUAGAUCAAACCUGAGUGUAACUUUGGCCAUUUCUGUCACCUGUGCUUGUGUAAUUUAUGUUUUCAUGUUUUGAACCUGCUCAUGACAUUGUUAUAGUGACCCAACCCAAGUAUGUCACGUUAUGUUUUAGAUUUUUCAGAUACUAGGUAAAUGGUUAAUGUCAUACUUGCUAUGUUCCAGCAUGGAUUAUCAUUUUUAUUUGAGCAAAAAUGAAGAUAGUCCUUUAGCCUUCUUUUUCAUGCUGAUCUCUUCCUAUAACUCUGUAUACUGUACAAUAUUUAUAGUCUUAGAUAAUGUUUCAAGUCAUCUUUAUAAUGUACUGUAAUAGUUCUACAUUUCUGACCUAUGGAUAUGCCAACUUAAUAGCCUAUACUCUUAAAUAAUUUGACAUUUUGUGACAAAGUUUAUCGAGAUAUGAAAUACUCAAUAUAAUUCAAUGCAAUUUUAAUUAUAUGAUGUUGAAAAUCCAAUUGAGUUGCAUGUGUAAAGAACUUCUAUUUAAAAUAUUUUGUAUGUAUAUGAAGGUCAAGUUAAACGUUGAACCAUUUUACAUUUUUUGGAUGAAUUUGUACUGUUGAACUGUUUAAAGGUCACAAUUGUGCUUCUUGAAACUUUGUGUGGAACCUUAAUGAAAAUGCUGUGUAUCAGCAAGUUUGCGUUAUCAUUCGGAAGCUGUUUAAUGUGGCAUAUAAUGCAGUAGAAGAGAAUUGAUGGGGUUGUGACAACUGAAACGUGCAAAUCAAUGCCAAAAAUAAUAUUCCAGGAUGCAUUGCAUUCAUAACAUAUAUAAUACCAUUUAACGAUUUUGCAAAUAUCCCCAAUGGCCAACACAUUGGGGUGAGACAUACUGUUCAACUUAGCCAUGAUACCACUCUAAUCCAUCGAGUCCUAUCACGGAUAUGUUCCAAUAGGAGUAAGAAAGGUCAAACCAUUUUUUUUGUGACUGUUUUAUUAUUCUUGUACUCAGGGUUACAUCCACCAAGAAUGCAACUGCGGUAGUAUUUAUUUUGAGACCAACCUUUAAUCUUAUGUUAAUUGUGAAGCACUUAGGUUGUGUUUACAAUGGCAGCCCAAUUCUGAUAUUUUUUCCACUAAUUGGUAUUUUGACCAAUCACAUCAGAGCUUUUUCAGAGCUGAUUGGAUUAAUCAAAAUACCAAUUAGUUCAAACAAGUUCAGAAUUGGGCUGCCUGUGUAAAUGCAGCCUUCUCUCUCCAUUUAUAUUGAUGUGAUGUUUUGUUAAUUUGUAUUUAUUCAAAUCUGUUAAUAUGUGAAUGAAACAAUGUGUGAUAGGGAUGGGCAGUGUGUACCUUCUGGUUAUGUUAUUUGAAAGUACAUUCUUUUUAUAUGAACAUAUUAAAGCUUUCUGCCCACUGUA